AUGCUCUCCAACUGCAUCAUACCGGGAUGUGUUGAACCGAUCCCCGACCUGUUGGGCCAUUUGUGCGGCCCGUCACAUAGUCUAUCGACCGCCGAGGCAAGAUUCAUGAUCGAGCAAUAUUGCGCCGCCGGAUUUGCGGGAAUUCAAAAGAUCCUCGAAAACAACAAUCGUCGCCCGUUCCGGCGGGACGAACGACUGCCCAGAGUCCUCCUGAUCCGGCUGGCCGAUGAGGGCCAAAUGAAGAAAUUUAUAUACUACUUUCGCAACCUCACCGGGCUUGAGUGUGAUGUGGAGAACAGCCUGUUGUGGCGCAGCGCCAGUGGCCGCACAUUUCUGCUGCUCCAAAAGUUUGAAGUCGGUCGCCAUCUCUACCCAUAUCGGUCAACGACCCGCUGCGGCUCGACGCCGAGGGCCCGUUUAUUCGCGAAAUCC